AUGACUCAACCCCAAGGCUUUGUCGACCCUCAAUAUCCCGGGCACAUCUGCAAAUUGAACAAGGCCAUCUAUGGCUUAAAGCAAUCUCCACGGCAGUGGUAUAACAAACUCACAACCCAACUUCAGGCCGAAGGACAUCAUGUCCAACUCCAAGAAGCAUUCUCUCUUAAAGAACCAAAACCACUCUCCUUAUUCCUUGGCAUACGUAUAUCUGCCACGCCAUAUGGUCUCUUCCUAGACCAACAGCAGUAUGCCCAAUACAUCCUCAAAUCCAGCAGCUUUCUCAACUGUAAACCACUGCUCACCCCUAUUGCACUAAAACCGUCCAGCUCCGCUAACGCGGGUCUCCAACCCAUUGAUCCAACUCAUUAUCGCCAGCUUGCAGGAUCGCUGCAAUACUUAACCAUCACCCGCCCUGACAUCGCCUUCGCCACGAAUCAGAUUUGCCAGCAUAUGCAUGACCCUCAACACAUCCAUCUCCAAACGCUCAAACGCCUGCUAAGGUACAUUCAAGGCACAAUCACCUACGGUCUUCCCCUCCGUCGCAGCAAUCUUACUCUUCAAUCCUAUGUCGAUGCUGACUGGGCUUCUGAUCAAACAGACCGCAAAUCUAUAUCCGGCUUCUGCACUUUCCUCGGAGAUAAUCUCAUUUCUUGGUAUGUUAAAAAGCAUGUUAUAGUAGCCAAGUCAUCUACUGAGGCCGAAUACCGUGCGCUCGCCGCGUCCACCUCCGACGUCUUAUGGCUGUGA